AUGUCAGAUUGCAACAAAACCAACUUCACAAACCCCUCCACCUUCAUCCUGCUGGGCAUUCCUGGCCUGGAGGCAGCCCAUAUCUGGAUCUCCAUCCCCUUCUGCAUAAUGUACGCCAUAGCUGUCAUGGGGAACUUCACCAUCCUCUUCAUUGUGAAGAUGGAGCUGAGCCUCCAUGGGCCCAUGUACUAUUUCCUCUGCAUGCUGGCCAUCACCGACCUGGUCCUGUCUACGUCCACCGUGCCCAAAACACUGAGCAUCUUCUGGUUCAAUUCCAGGGAGAUCGAUUUCAGUGCCUGCCUCACCCAGAUGUACUUCAUUCAUUGCUUCUUAGUGAUGGAGUCUGGGAUCUUCGUGGCUAUGGCUUUUGAUCGCUACGUGGCCAUCUGCGACCCCCUGAGACAUUCCACCAUCCUGGCAAACCCUGUGGUUGCCAAAAUUGGCCUGGCCGUGGUGCUGCGUGGCGUCAUGCUUGUACUGCCCUAUCCCUUCCUGGCGAGGCAGUGGCCAUAUUACAGAACCUAUAUCAUCCCCCACACAUAUUGUGAGCACAUAGCUGUGGUGAAGCUGGCCUGUGCCGACACCCGUGUCAGUAGUUAUUACGGCCUUUUUAUGGUAUUCUGUGUGAGGGGUCUGGAUAUGAUUUUUAUUGCUGUGUCCUAUAUCCAGAUCCUCAGGGCCAUCUUCAGUCUCCCCACAAAGGACGCCCGGCUCAAGGCUUUGGGGACCUGCAGCUCCCACCUCUGUGCCAUCUUAGCCUUUUACAUCCCAGUUAUCUUCUCCUCCCUCACACACCGGUUUGGCCACAAUGUGCCUCUGCAUUUCCAUGUUCUCAUUGCCAAUGUGUACCUCCUGGUGCCCCCCAUGCUGCACCCCAUCAUCUACGGGAUGAGGACCAAACAGAUCCGGGGCAGGCUGCUCUGGCUCUUUACUCAUAAAGGGACCUAA